GUCCCGUUGGUGCUUGAAUUGUUAUCACUAAUUGGCCCAAAUGGGGGCACUGCACCAUUCGUGGGGGACAACAUGUUUACUGUUGACUUGUAUUGGAUUUUGGUUGUAUUUGGCAAAUCGAGAGUUUGGAAGACUUCAAGGAUCUAAUAAAGUUAGUUAUUGAAGUUCCUUGCCUCUUCCGCUCUGGAAGUUAAUCGUCUACCUACCAUAAAUACAAUACCAAAAGUUUUGCGCACUAACGCUUGGCGUUACGGUAGUCUUAGGGCGAUGUUUUCAAGCACAACAGACGUACGUCGAGAACCCGCUGAAAUUCAAAGUUUAAAGUAGGAAAGGCGUGGAAUAAACAAAGUCGUUUGAAUCUUCACUGCAAUUUAUGCCCAGUCGUGACUUGUUUGCCACACACUGACAUUUCUGUUAAGGAGCAUGGAUAGGAAACAUCGAAGUGGGUUGUCGACAGCUUUGAAGAGACAUAAAGGUCCUCUGUCUGACACAGAGGACAAUGUCCCCUCGUCAGAGGUCAAUGAUGUUCAGAAGAGGCGUCGCCUGAAGUUGUUGGGCGAGGAGAACGUCAGUCCUAACAAGAUAUCUUCAUCAAGAGACCACCUCUGCUGUGCAGAGCUGGAGGUGAAGCCAGACACCCCCGCUCUCUGCUCUGUCCGCUCCAGAGUACAGCAACUAACCCAGAGACAUGAGGGAGGCCCUCUACUGGCUCCGAGACCAUCCAUUAUAAUCCAGGAAGGGUUCAAAGAGCACAUUCUUAUUGGUGAGGCAGAAUUCAGCUCACGGGUGGAGCGGUUUAACGCCCCCACCACCUGUCUGGCCAGCCCUCUGCCAGGAAACUGGUGCCCCCGUACCCUCUCCAACGCCGUUACCAACUUACAGCUUAAACUUGAGGACAGUGAAACACCCAGCUCCAAGAAAGUCUCCUGCAUACGCCAGGAAAGGGAGGAGGAGCUGCGACUCUUAAGGGCCCAGCCAAUUGCAAAGAAUGUCUUUCUAAAUCAAAGAUUCUCUGAUUCCUCACUGACUGAGAGGGCGACCCCACCUGUCUCCUCAUCCUCCCCUCGGAUGAUGGUUGGCGAUAGCAGGAGACUGCAGUGGCCACCGUUCCAACCAUGGAAUCAGGCAGACCUCAAUGUGACUGGUGAUGAGCCUCUCUGGGUGAAGGAUGGCAGCUUUACCGAGAAUUCUGUCACUGCUAAGAUCCAUGGAGUGGAGCCUCCAAUCCAAGACAUUGAGGCUGAGCUGAGCUCUCAAGAUGAAACCAGCACUGCUGAGAUGAUUGACCUGAUGUUUAAGGAUAUGCUGGAGGCUUCUGCCCAGGGAAGGGAGAAGGAAGGCACUGAGGAUUACGACGGUGGCAUAGCCACAGUGAUGCGCAGAAAGGAGAAAACAGAGUUGGACAAGGAGAAAGCUGAGGAGGGUGAAGACCUGGAAGAGAUCAGGGAACUGGACUCCAGUGUAGAUGAGCUGCUGACCCUCCCACCCAGCUGCAUCCUCUCUCCUCUCAGCAGGUCUGUGGAAGCUGUGGUCACUCCAAUGAGACUUGCAGCUAGUCAGCCAGCCACCCCACCAUCCCUACCUCUGACUCCUGAAGAGCUGACCACUCCCCCUGCCGACAGUGCCCCUCUCUACAGCAUCGAUGCUUACCGUACCCAGAGGCAGAGCACCAAGCCAGCUAUUCAGAGUGUAACCCCAGGGUUGCAGAGGCAUGCCGCUGAGAAGUCCCACCCCCAGCAAACUGUCAACACGAAGGACAGGAUCAUGGUUCUGAAUGAGGAGGCUGCCAAGCUGCAGACGGUCAUCAAUCAGACGUUGCAGGCCCUGAGCUGCUGCACUGACGAGGACCACGGCAGAGGUUCCCUGGAGGAGGCCGAGGCUGAGAAACUACUGCUCGUCUCCUGUGAGAAGCUGGCGGGCCUGCUGGCUGAGGUGACCAGGCUGAGGGAGAGGGGGGUCUCAGGGGAGUUAGAGGGCGGUGAUGGUGAGGAGGACACCAGCAUGUCCCAGCACCCCUGCAGGGGCACCGUCAGCAUCAACAGUGUCCAGCUCCCUCUCAAGGUGGAGUUUGUCUGCUCAGCCCGCACACAAACAGGUCGCCCAACUCACUAUUUCUUUGUCCUGAUUCGCUAUGGACCCUGCAACAUUGUUGCGACCCCAUUGGCCACUGCAGCGGAUGCCCAGAAUGGAGACACCAUCUCCUUCCCCACCUCCAUCACCCUGCAGGACAUUCACUCCAACUUUGAGAUUGAUGUUGAGGUCUACAGCCUGUCCCACACCUCAGGCAACACCUGUAAUGUGGAUCUCCGCAGCUCUUCCAGGUCAAAGAUCACCCCAAGGAAGCUUCUAAGCACCAUAAAGAGAUCCAACCACCGUGUGACAUCUUCUACCAUGCCAGCCAUGAACACCCGCCGCACCAGCCACUUCUCUCUGGUUGGUUCUCACAAGAUCUCCCUGGCCUCCCUGGGCCAUAGCAAGUUCCCCCUGGACAAGAUACAGUUUGAUGGCAAAAUCAGGAGACUCCUGGGAGAUGAGUUUCAGGAAAAGGUGCCCUUCCUAUCUCCACUAGAGGGAAACAUCUACCUGCGACUAGACAGCGAGAGCCACUCUAACGUCCAACACCAGGGCUUCCUUACAAUGUUUGAGGUGGUGAAUGGAUUUGGAGCUUGGCAUCGCCGCUUCUUUGUCCUGGAGGGAAACCACAUGUCCUAUUGGAACCACCCCAAUGACCAGGGCAGCAAGGUAGCAGAAGGCAGUAUCUCUUUGUUUAGUUCCUCUAGUCAAAGUGUGAAGCCAGUGAAGAGGGACUCCUGUGCUCGCCCUUAUACUUUUGAACUGGUCAGUGGCAUCCAGACUGCACAACAGAAUGACCAGCUCGCUCUGGCCAAGUGCUGGUUCUCAGCAGAUACGCGGGAGGAUCGAGAGGACUGGAUGGAGAAGCUGAACCAGGUUCUCCUGGACCUGCAUGCCUGGACUCACCGAGCCCUGAAUCAUGCUGGAGCACAGCCCAACACUCAGGCCAGCAGUGGGAACAUAAGGGAGAGCAGUCUGUAACACACUAUUAUAUAAUGCUAUGCUAUAUCUUUAUAUAUAUCUAUCCCUCUCUCUCUCUCUUUAUAUAUAUAUCUUUAUGGAUUCUUAUGAUUACCAUUGGGAGGUUAUUUUAUACGUGGUGAUAUUUUUGCCUUGUCACUUUGAAUAGCUCUUUAAAAUAGAGCUCCAUCUUGUGGCCUAUUAGCAUUAUAUACUAUUUAACUGAGCUUGAAGUGGACAAUUUAACUACAUCCAUAUAAUCUAGAAACACUACUGAAUAACUAUCAAAGCUCGUGCAGAAGAGCCCUAACACUAAAUGGAUGAUUAGGCCAAUAGUGUAGUUAUAAUUCUGAUAAGCCAAACACUACAAAGCAUGACAUGUCUACUGGACAGCAUUAUUUCAGUACUACAGCAUUGCUGUCAUACCCUCUAAAGUGUGGAAAUAUGUCUCUCAGAAAUAAUAUAGUCUACCUCUAAAAUAUAUAAAUACCUAAUCUAAAAACUCAUUAAUUUAGUGAUUUAAGUAGAAUUGCAGUGCAAUUGGAAAUACUGACCAUUAAUGAGUUCCUUCAUUCAAAAUGUAGUGCUGUGUUGUGCAUAACCCGGAAGGGGCCAGACCACAAAAAUGGCAGCUACCCAGGCAAGGCAAUUGAGAGUAUAGAAUGAUGUACGUCUGAAGGAGAUGUUCGGCAUAAUGUUAGUGCCUCAUCUGAUGAUAAAUCCUAGUAGGACCCUAAAGGGACAUGAUGAAUUUUGCUGCUGUCUGUAGACUCUGAUGUUAACCUAUUCUCCCCACCCCUCCCCCCUUGAUGUAUUUGCUGUCAAUCUGUCAUUCUCUUUUUGUAUGUGGAUGUUAUCAGCUACCUGUCAACAUUCUUAUAUGCAGUUGAUUUGAUGAAGGUACUACAAGUAAAUAAUAAAAAUGGCUGUGUACAUUC